AUGAAGAUAUGUAAGCUCAGGCUCAUUUCAAUGGUGACACUGCUGACCUUCUAUGGUGCGAGCGUGGUUGCAGAAGAGAACCACCAGCUGCAGAAGACUUAUAUUGUUCAUAUGGACAAAUCCAUCAUGCCAGAGAGCUUUGAUGAUCACUUGCAGUGGUAUGCCUCGUCUUUAAGGUCGGUAUCAGACUCUGCUGACAUGCUUUACACAUACAGCGUUGUUCAUGGCUACUCCACAAGGUUGACGGCUAUAGAAGCCAAGUCACUUGAACAGCAGCCAGGGACUCUUUCAGUCCAAGAAGAAGUGAUAUACGAGCUUCACACGACCAGGUCACCUAAGUUUCUUGGACUCGAUGAGACAGAAGCACUCUUUCCUGAUUCAAACUUGGUAAGCGACGUCAUUAUUGGCGUGUUGGACACCGGUGCGUGGCCGGAGAUACAAAGUUUUCAUGACACCGGUCUUGGCCCAGUUCCCAGGAGCUGGAAGGGUGUUUGUGAGACAGGUAAGAAUUUCAACUCGUCUAGUUGUAACAGAAAACUAAUCGGGGCCAGGUUUUUUUCCAAAGGGUAUGAAGCAACUUCGGGACCAAUUGAUGAGACAGUAGAAUCAAAGUCACCGAGGGAUGAUGAUGGCCAUGGGACACACACUGCAACUACGGCAGCCGGGGUAGCUGUAGCUGGAGCAAGUCUCUUUGGUUAUGCUGGGGGAAUAGCCAGAGGGAUGGCUACACAUGCCAGAGUGGCUGUGUACAAAGCAUGUUGGCUUGGUGGAUGUUUUAGCAGUGACAUACUUGCUGCAAUGGAUAUGGCAGUUGCAGAUGGUGUAAAUAUACUCUCACUGUCGCUAGGCGGUUCAAUAAGCGAAUACUUCAGAGACACAGUCGCCAUUGGAGCAUUCGCGGCAAUGUCACACGGAAUCUUUGUGUCAUGCUCAGCUGGGAACGGCGGGCCUAGUUCUGGAAGCUUGUCUAAUGUGGCUCCAUGGAUAACUACGGUGGGUGCUGGAACUUUGGACCGGGAUUUUCCGGCAAAUGUUAGACUUGGAAAUGAAAAAAAUUUCCCUGGUGUAUCACUCUACAGUGGAAAACCGUUAUCUGACUCCUUAGUGCCACUGGUAUACGCUGCUAAUGUCAGUAACGCAUCAACCGGCGAUCUGUGCGUACCAGGUAGUUUGAUUCCGGGGAAAGUUGCUGGUAAAAUUGUGGUCUGUGAUCGAGGUCUGACUUCCAGGGUUGAAAAGGGUUUGGUUGUAAAAGAUGCUGGUGCAGUAGGGAUGAUCCUAGCAAAUACCGAGUACUAUGGAGAAGAGCUGGUUGCCGAUGCGCAUCUCAUACCUACAGCAGCUGUGGGCCUAACAACUGGUGAUGCAAUAAAGAAGUACAUAUCUUCGGAAUUGAAUCCAAUGGCCACAAUUGCAGGUGGGAGCACCCACUUGGGUAUCGAACCAUCGCCGGUCAUUGCAGCGUUCAGUUCCAGAGGUCCAAACCCAGUCACGCCAGAGAUACUCAAGCCCGAUUUAAUAGCGCCAGGAGUUAAUAUCCUGGCCGGUUGGACCGGUAAGGUUGGGCCUACUGGGUUAGAGGAAGACACUCGGCAUGUGAGCUUCAAUAUAAUCUCCGGAACGUCAAUGUCAUGCCCACAUGUAAGCGGAUUAGCAGCACUACUGAAGGCAGCCCACCCAGAAUGGAGCCCUGCCGCCAUCCGGUCAGCACUCAUGACCACAGCUUACAGCACAUACAAAAAUGGCAAAACCCUUCAAGACGCUGCAACUGGAAUGUCGACAACACCAUUUGAUUAUGGGGCUGGGCACGUGAACCCAGUAUCAGCUCUUGAUCCAGGCCUUGUCUAUGAUGCCACAGUUGAUGAUUACUUGGGCUUCCUUUGCUCCUUAAACUAUACUUCAAUUCAGAUCAAGCUUCUCUCAAAACGUGAUAUCAACUGUAAGAUGGGAUUUGAUAAUGUUCAGAACCCGGGAGAUCUUCCUUAUCCAAGUAUUGCUGUAGCCCUGCAGACAGCCUCCGGCAGAAACGGUGGCAGCAGAGCACCAACCAUAGUCAAGUUCACAAGGACUUUGACUAAUGUGGGCAACCCAGCAGUGUACAAGGUUUCAGUGUCUUCAGAAACAAAGGCAGUGCGGACAUUGGUUGAGCCACAAUCACUGACUUUCAGUAAUCUAAAUGAGAAGAAGAGUUAUACCGUGACAUUCACUGCUAGCUCAAUGCCAUCAGGCACAACCAGCUUUGCUCAUCUGGAAUGGUCAGAUGGAAAACACAUCGUCAGUAGUCCAAUUGCUUUCAGCUGGACCUGA